AUGCAAUCUUCCGUGCUCCUGGUACACUACCAUAAAGUAGAGGUCCCUGGGGAGUGCCUGCUUGUUGCUGACGACGAUGACGACGACUACAAUGAAAGUGCCAGUGGUAGCCAUGAAGAUGAUGACGAUGGGGGUGUUAAUAAACUUGGAAAUAAUGAUGAUAGUGAAGACAAUGAGGAUGAGGAAGAAGAAGAAGAUGAUGAUGUUGGUGUUGGUGAUCAGACUGAGAAAGGUGAGGACAGUUUAUACUCCGAAGAAGCUAGAGGUAAAGAGUAUAACGAAAUUGAAUAUGGCAAUAAUGACAAUAAUCAUUUUAAUGUAAAUAACGAAGACAAUAAAGAAGAAGAUGAAGAUGAUGAGGAUAAAGAUGAUGAGGAUGAAGAUGAUGGUGAUGAAGAGGACGACAAAUUAAUGUACUCGCUUGUAUGUCGCACACCUGACUUGAAGCAUUUCGCGAAUUUCAAUUCCAUGUCGAAUCCUCUUCAUAGUCGUCAUCACAAUCAACAUCAUCAUUUGGUUUAUAAUGAUGUUAGUGUCGAUAGGCAUGAUGAAGACGAUGAUGAUGCUGGCAAGUUGGAAAGAGAGUCGUUUGAAAAAAGUGAGAUGAAAGUUAUCAAAAAAUCAGAAAAAAUUUCAAAAAUUAAGAAAAUGGACAACAACAAUUUCAAAAGUAGACAAUAUGAAAAGCAGCAUCUUAGCCAUAAAAUUAAAAUCUACGACAGCAACAACAACAACAGCAACAAAAACAACAUCAACAUUAUAAACAACUCCUACAACACAAACAACAACAACAGUCGCAUCAACACAAACGAUAACAUCCUCACAUCAAACUGCUGCGAAAACGACCACCCUCCAUUGAUGCUACCAUUCCACAUUCUCAUUAACGGUCAGCUCUCCGUUAAAAAGGACGAUUUCGUCAUAUCUUAUCAUUGCGAUCCAACUUUCAAUACGGAUGACAAUCGUGAAUUAUUUUACAACGUAAAUGAAGCUGGAGAUGUCGCUAUAAACGUUAGUUUUUUAAUUUUUUAA